AUGACUCGACCUCACUCCAAUUGGAGCGCCUGGAAAGUGGCCGUGACGGCUGCUACCCUCAUCACUGGGGUUCUGGGAGACAGCAUCCUCAAAACAUCAGGAGUUUCCGACUGUGGUUCGGAACCCGGUAUCAGAAUCGAGAAGCUCGACAUCAGCUACAACAACGACAAGCAGCUUGUCACAUUUGACGUCUCCGGAACAAGCGACAAGCAGCGAAACGUCUCUGCCAUCCUUGAGGUCAACGCAUAUGGCCGUAAGGUCUAUGAGAAUAGCAUCGACCCCUGCAGCAAGGACACCCCAAUCCCUCAGCUUUGCCCUCUGCCCGCCAAGCAUUUCGCUGCUGCUGGUUCCCGCGAGAUUGAAUCGGAAUGGGCCAACAAGGUGCCCAGCAUUGCUUUCCAGGUCCCCGAUAUCUCAGCUCAAGCAACACUUAGACUGGUGGCCGCCGACGACCCCUCAACCCAAGUCGCGUGCUUCCAGGCUCAGGUUGGCAACGGAAAGACCGCCUCAGUCCCCGCUGUUACCUAUAUCUCUGUUGGUGUCGUUGGCGCUGCUCUUCUCGUCUCUGGUGCAUCCGCCGCUUCAUCUGCUAUUAGCGGCGGUGCUGGCCAUGGCGGUGGUGGUCCCAGCCCCAGCUUUGCCCAGACUCUCGGUUGGUUCCAAGGAAUGGCCAUGAACGGUAUGCUUUCUGUCGACUAUCCUCCUGUGUACCGUAGCUUUGCCAAGAACUUUGGUUUCUCUGCCGGCAUCAUUCCUUGGGAGUCUCUCCAGAAGUCUAUCGAUAGCUUCCGCAAUUCCACUGGAGGUGACCUCUCUUCCGACAGCUUCGAUGUUCUUAAGAACGCUACUCUGGUCUUCUCCGACAACUCUACCAGCACUCCCGAGGACCACUCUUACAAGGUUAAACGUGCUUUCGAAACCUUCUCAUCCCUAGCCAAUCUUGCUGCCCGCGGCGUGGAAACUUCAUUGGAGGAUGCAUCGGACAGCGAGGGUGUAAGUGCCGCCCAGAACCAGACCCUCUCGGUUUCUGGAAUCUCGGCCUACGUCCAGCAGUACAGUGUUCCUAAGUCCAACACCUUCAUGACAGUCCUGCUUGUUGUCGCCAUCAUCAUUGCAACCAUCAUUGUCGGCAUUCUUCUAGUCAAGGCUGUUCUGGAGUUCUGGGCUCUAUUCGGCAGUUUCCCUCAGUCCUUGUCCGGUUUCCGAGAGCAUUACUGGGGAUCCAUCGCCCGAACUAUCACCCACUUGAUUCUCGUUCUCUACGGUAUCUGGGUCCUGUACUGUGUCUUCCAAUUCACAGUGGGUGACUCAUGGCUUGCACAAGUCUUAGCCGGUGUUACGCUCGCAGUCUUUACAGCUGUUCUAGGCUGGUUCACAUGGAAGAUCUUCAGCACAGUCAAGAAGCUGAAGAACGCCGAGGGCAAUGCCGACGCCUUGUACAACAACAAAGAGAUUUGGGUCAAGUACUCCCUGUUCUACGAGUCUUACAAGAAGGAUUACUGGUGGAUCUUCAUCCCUACUAUUGUCUAUCUCUUUGCUAAGGGCUGCACCCUUGCUGUUGGCGAUGGCAAUGGUAUGGCUCAGACCAUUGCUCAGCUCGUUGUUGAGUCCAUCUUUUUGUGCCUCCUCGUCUGGACUCGACCUUUCGAGCGAAAGUCUAGCAACAUCAUCGGUAUCUCCAUCCAGACUGUUCGCGUUCUGUCUGUGGCGUUGAUCUUUGUCUUUGUUCACGAGCUCGCCAUUCCCCAAGACAGCAAGACUAUUGCCGGUGUGGUUCUCAUCGCUGUCCAGUCCGCUCUUACUGGUCUCUUGGUUAUCCUGAUCAUUUGGAACGCCAUCAACGUCCUGGUCAAGGAGAACCCCCACCGCAAGCGCAGAAAGGAGAUGGAGAAAGCCAACCGUGAUAGGGACACACUCACCCCUCUCGAUGGCCGAAACUCACUCUACCUCGACCGCAAAGACAACAACAACAUUUCCAUGUUCGCCAUCUCCGCUCCUCAUGAUAAGGACGCAGGCCGCUCAAUGACACCUGACCAAUACAGGGACGCGGAGGCAGGCUACCGACAACAAAACUACCUGUCUUCAAGCCCUCCUAUGCAACGGAGCCUUACCGCCAUGGAUCACAACAACGACUCGCAACACCUGAUGGACAACGCCGCACCUCCGGCUUGGACAAGCCAAGACCCGAACCCUACAGGGUUGGGGCGUUACGACACUGGGGACACAGGUUAUAGUGCCUACACCAAGCAGCAACCAUACGGAUACGGAAAUGGGGGUGGAUAUAGAGGAUUUUGA